AUAUCUAUAAUCAUGAUACUUAUAAGGUCUAUCCCGAUAUCAAUGUUUAUCGGAUAACCGGCACAUUGAUAACAGUUUUAAUAAUUUGGGGCUACAUUAAAAUCUGUAUGGUAAACAACAAAUUUUUAAUUUAUUGACUCGCUUGACACUGGAGUUUGUUUUGUUUAAUAAAUAUUCACUAUGAAGCCAUGUUUAUUAUUGACGUUGACGUGUUUGCACUUUUCGAAUGUCUUCGUAUGUCAGGCAAAUCAUUCAAACAAUUGGGCAGUUUUGGUAGAUACAUCGAGAUUCUGGUUUAAUUAUAGGCAUGUAGCAAAUGUUCUAUCUAUUUACAGAAGCGUCAAAAGACUUGGAAUACCUGAUAGUCAAAUAAUAUUGAUGGUAGCUGAUGAUAUGGCCUGUAAUCCUCGUAAUCCUAGUCCUGCAACAGUUUACAAUAAUGCUGAUCAACAGCUCAAUGUAUAUGGUGACGAUGUCGAAGUUGAUUUUAGAGGCUAUGAAGUAACAGUGGAAAAUUUUGUAAGGUUAUUGACUGGUCGGUUGCCUCCUGAUACACCUCGUUCCAAACAGUUGCUUACAGACGAGGGUAGCAAUAUUUUGAUAUAUCUGACUGGCCAUGGUGGAGAUGGGUUUCUUAAAUUCCAAGAUUCUGAAGAAGUAACUAGUCAAGAGUUGGCCGAUGCACUUGAACAGAUGUGGCAGAAAAGAAGAUACCAUGAAAUAUUUUUCAUGAUUGAUACUUGUCAAGCUUCUUCUAUGUAUGAAAAAUUUUACUCACCAAAUAUUCUAGCAAUGGCUAGUAGUUUAGUGGGUGAAGAUUCACUUUCGCAUCAUGUGGAUCCAGCAAUUGGUGUGUAUAUAAUAGAUCGUUACACAUUUUAUGCGUUAAAAUUUUUAGAGAAUGUUAAAUUAAAGAGCCGUAUCAGCAUGAAAAAUUUUCUUGGUGUAUGUCCCAAACAAGAUUGUAUUUCAACUGUCGGAGUGAGAACAGACUUGUUUCACAGAGACCCUGCAAAAGUUCCUAUCACUGACUUUUUUGGGUCAGUUCGUCCAGUCGAGUUGACAUUUAACUUUUUAGAUAUUUCAAAUACACCUUUACAGUAGAUAAUUUGUAUAAAAUAUUGUUUUGUAUAAUGUAAUUAAUACUUGUAUAUAACUUCAUGACAUGCAUUAGAUUAUUACUACAUACACAAUCAUAACAA